UCGAUCAUGUGACAGUCCGGAGGCCAGAACCGGGCAGGUUGCGUGAAGCGCAGGGGUUUCACAAAAACAAACGGUGACGGCGCCGCAGCAGGGUCUAUCUAUGGCCGAGGCGGUGAAGCCCCAGCGCCGGGCCAAGGCCAAGGCCAGCCGGACUAAAACAAAGGAAAAGAAGAAAUAUGAAACCCUUCAGAGGGAAGAGUCUGAUGAAGUCUGCCUUCCAAAAAACUCCAGAGAGCGGGACAUCCCUUCUCUAGCCUGUGAAUUCAAAGGAGACCAUCUGAAGGUGGUAACCGAUUCCCAGCUCCAGGAUGAUGCCAGUGGACAAAAUGAGAGUGAAAUGUUUGAUAUACCACUCACCUCCUUAACUAUAAGCAAUGAAGAAUCCCUGACGUGUAACACACAGCCCCCAAAGGAAGGGGCAGAGGCCACACCCUAUGUGGGGGACAGUGCAGUCACGCCAAAGGUCCAGCCUGGAGACAGUGUUGGAACUAUAGUAGAAACCCCCAAGAACUUCACAGAGGUAGAGGAAAAUACGUCAGUACAAGGUGGACUUUCAGAAAGUGCACCCCAAUCUAAUUUUUCUUAUACUCAGCCAGAAAUGGAAAAUAUACAAGUCAGAGAAGCUCAGAAUAGUAAAGAAGACAAAGAAGGCCUGGUUUGUUCUUCAGAGGUGCCACAGAAUGUUGGCUUGCAGAGUUCUUGCGAAGCCAAACAUGUUUUUCAGACACCUAGAGUGAAGAAACUGUAUCCCCAGUUGCCAGCUGAAAUUGCCAGAGAAGCACCAGCUUUGGUGGCAGUGAAACCCUUGCUUCGUAGUGAGCGACUCUACCCAGAACUCCCAUCUCAACCAGAACUAGUACCAUUUACUAAAGAACAGCUAAAAAUCUUGGAGCCUGGUUCAUGGCUAGAAAAUGUCGAGUCAUAUUUAGAAGAAUUUGACAGCAUGGCUCAUCAAGACAGGCAUGAAUUUUAUGAGUUGCUUUUGAACUACUCACGAUGUAGGAAGCAACUGCUGCUGGCCGAAGCUGAGCUGCUUACUCUGACAUCUGAUUGCCAGAAUGCUAAAAGUCGGCUGUGGCAGUUUAAGGAGGAACAAAUGUCUGUACAGGGUAUCUGUGCAGAUCAAGUGAAGGUUUCCAGCUAUCAUCGCUACCAAAGAGUAGAAAUGAAUGAAAAUGCACUGAUGGAGCUAAAGAAGCUAUUUGAUGCCAAAGCUGAACACCUCCACCAGACCCUGGCCCUUCAUUCUUAUACUUCUGUGCUCUCAAGGUUGCAAGUGGAGUCUUACAUCUAUGCAUUGCUCAGUAGUUCAGCUGUUCUGAGAUCUUUAGUAAUUCACCAGCAAGGCCAAGUGUCUAAGCAGACAGAAAGCAUUCCUUCCGAUCUCUGUCAGCUAAAGGAAUGCAUUAGUGUCUUAUUCAUGUUCACCAGGAGAGUUAAUGAAGAUACUCAGUUUCAUGAUGAUAUUCUUCUCUGGCUGCAGAAAUUGGUGUCCGUGCUACAAAGAGUUGGCUGUCCUGGAGAUCACCUUUUCCUUCUAAACCAUAUUCUUCGAUGUCCCGCUGGUGUUAGUACAUGGGCUGUUCCUUUCAUCCAGAUCAAAGUGUUGCAUAACCCAUCAGGGGUCUUUCAUUUUAUGCAGUCCCUUGCCCUGCUGAUGUCUCCUGUCAAAAAUCGAGCUGAGUUCAUGUGCCACAUGAAGCCCAGCGAGCGGAAGUCAUCCUCCUCAGGGCCUGGGUCUGGGACCUGGACGCUAGUAGACGAAGGAGGAGAAGAGGAUGAAGACCCUGAGACCAGUUGGAUUCUCCUUAAUGAAGAUGAUUUGGUUACCCUUUUAGCACAGUUCCCCUUUCAUGAACUCUUUCAACAUCUUCUUGGGUUUAAAGUAAAAGGUGAUUAUUUACCUGAAACAACAAGACCUCAAGAGAUGAUGAAAAUUUUUGCCUUUGCCAACUCGCUAGUGGAACUUCUGGCUGUGGGGUUAGAAACCUUUAAUAGAGCACGCUAUAGGCAGUUUGUGAAGCGAAUUGGUUAUAUGAUCAGAAUGACCGUUGGUUAUGUAAGUGACCACUGGGCACAGUAUAUGAGCCAUAACCAAGGCUCAGGAUUGGCCCAACAGCCCUACUCUAUGGAGAAACUACAGGUUGAAUUUGAUGAGCUGUUUUUGAGGGCUGUCCUACAUGUGCUGAAGGCCAAAAGACUUGGCAUUUGGCUGUUUAUGUCCGAGAUGCCCUUUGGGACUCUGUCUGUGCAAAUGUUGUGGAAGCUCUUCUACCUCAUGCACCAGGUGGAGAGCGAGAACCUGCAGCGGCUCUCCUCCUCCCUGCAGCCCGCCCAGUGCAAGCAGCAGCUCCAAGACCCAGAACAUUUCACCAACUUUGAGAAGUGUCUUUCUUCUAUGAAUAGCUCAGAAGAGAUUUGCCUUCUGACUACCUUUGCUCAGAUGGCUCAGGCCAGAAGAACCAAUGUGGACGAAGACUUCAUAAAAAUUAUUGUUCUGGAGAUAUAUGAGGUAUCUUAUGUCACCCUGUCUACCAGAGAGACUUUUUCAAAGGUUGGUCGAGAGCUUUUAGGGACCAUCACAGCUGUUCAUCCUGAGAUAAUUUCUGUUCUUCUGGAUAGAGUUCAAGAGACCAUUGACCAGGUUGGAAUGGUUUCUCUAUACUUAUUUAAAGAAUUGCCUUUGUAUCUUUGGCAACCUUCUGCAUCUGAGAUAGCGGUGAUUCGGGAUUGGUUACUGAAUUACAACCUGACAGUGGUGAAGAAUAAACUGGCCUGUGUUAUUCUUGAAGGACUGAAUUGGGGAUUUGCUAAACAGGGUACCCUUCAUUUGGAUCAAGCAGUCCAUUCUGAAGUGGCUUUAAUGGUUCUUGAAGCUUACCAGAAGUACCUUGCACAGAAGCCAUAUGCUGGGAUUCUUUCUGAAAGUAUGAAGCAGGUUUCAUAUUUGGCCAGUAUUGUUCGAUAUGGAGAGACGCCCGAGACCUCAUUUAACCAAUGGGCCUGGAAUUUAAUCUUGAGGCUAAAACUGCACAAAAACGAUUAUGGAAUACAGCAGAAUUGUCCGGCUGUUCCCUUCUCCAUCACUGUGCCUGACAUGACAGAGUCACCCACGUUUCAUCCUCUCUUGAAGGCUGUGAAAGCGGGCAUGCCCAUUGGCUGUUAUCUAGCCUUAUCUAUGACAGCUGUGGGCCACAGCAUUGAGAAGUUCUGUGCAGAAGGCAUCCCACUGUUGGGAGUUCUGGUCCAGUCAAGACAUUUGAGAACAGUGGUCCAUGUCCUGGAUAAGAUUCUACCUUUAUUUUACCCUUGCCAGUAUUACCUUCUGAAGAAUGAGCAGUUUUUGUCGCACCUCCUCUUGUUCCUACACUUGGACAGCGGUGUCCCUCAGGGUGUCACACAACAGGUCACCCACAAGGUGGCACAGCACUUGACAGGAGCCAGCCAUGGGGACAAUGUGAAACUUCUCAACAGCAUGAUCCAGGCACACAUAUCUGUAAGCACUCAGCCCAAUGAAGUGGGCCCCGUUGCUGUGUUGGAGUUCUGGGUUCAGGCUCUCAUAAGCCAGCAUCUCUGGUACCGAGAACAACCUAUCCUCUUCCUCAUGGACCACUUGUGUAAAGCAGCUUUUCAGCUGAUGCAGGAAGACUGCAUACAGAAAUUACUCUACCAGCAACAUAAGAAUGCCUUGGGUUACCAUUGUGACCGGAGUCUGCUCUCAUCUUUGGUGAACUGGAUUGUGGCAGGCAACAUCACUCCUUCCUUUGUGGAGGGCUUGGCUACACCUACUCAGGUCUGGUUUGCCUGGACAGUGCUCAACGUGGAAUCCAUCUUUGAGGAGGACUCCCAGCUCCGGAGAGUUAUCGAAGGGGAGUUGGUGAUAAACUCUGCUUUCACCCCUGACCAAGCUCUGAAGAAAGCCCAGGCCCAGCUGAAGCUCCCCAUCGUGCCAUCCCUCCAGAGGUUGCUGAUUUAUCGCUGGGCCCACCAGGCUCUGGUCACGCCUUCUGAUCACCCUCUCCUGCCACUCAUUUGGCAGAAGUUCUUCCUUCUGUAUCUUCACCGCCCAGGACCACAGUAUGGGUUACCCAUAGAUGGUUGUAUUGGAAGAAGGUUUUUUCAAAGUCCUGCUCAUGUCAGUUUGUUGAAAGAAAUGAAGAGACGUUUGACCGAGGUGGCUGACUUCCACCAUGCUGCAAGCAAGGCCCUCCGUGUUCCAGCAGAGGGCAGUGAAGGGCUGCCAGAGAGUCAGUCUGGCACCCCUGGUUACCUGACUUCACCAGAACUGCACAAGGAGCUGGUGAGGCUCUUCAAUGUAUAUAUAUUAUGGCUAGAAGAUGAGAAUUUUCAAAAAGGAGAUACCUAUAUCCCUUCUCUACCAAAGCAUUAUGAUAUUCACAGGCUAGCAAAAGUGAUGCAGAAUCAGCAGGAUCUGUGGAUGGAGUAUUUGAACAUGGAGCGCAUCUACCAUGAGUUUCAGGAGACUGUUGGUCUGUGGACGCAGGCCAAGCUUGAGUCCCAUUCCAUACCCUGUAGUUCGUCCGUGCAGCUGGACUUCACUGAUCCUUUGCUGGCUAAAGAAAGAGUUUUAAGUAACUUACGGAAGCAUGAGGCUCCCCAGCCUCCCCUUGUUCUGCACCCAGUGAAGCCUCCUGUGCCAGUUAUUUCCUCCGCUGUGCUAUUGAGUCAGAAGGACGCCACCCAGCUGGUGUGCACAGACCUGAAUCUGUUGCAACAGCAGGCCAGAAACGCAGCUCUUCGGGAAUCUCAGCAGGUUGCUCUGGAUGGUGAGCUGUUGGACACGAUGCCAAAGCAGUAUGUGAAUCGUGAAGAACAGACCACACUGCAUUUGGAGUGCAGAGGCAGCAGUGGUAAGAAAUGCCAAGGAGCCGCAGUUGUCAUGGUUCAAUUUGAAGGCAUGCAUAAGAAUGAAGCCAUAAGCCAACAGCUUCAUGUUUUACGGAAAGAAGUGAAGCAGUUGCAAGCAGAAGCUGCUAAACCACCAUCACUUAAUAUUGUGGAAGCCGCUGUACAUGCAGAAAACUUGAUCACGGCCUUAGUGAAUGCCUACAAGUUGCAGCCUACACCUGGGAUUCAGAAAGUUGGCAUUAGCCUUUUCUUUACUAUUGUGGAUUACGUCAGCGAUGAGACACAGCGUCAUCCCCCAACAAGGCAGUUCUUUACUUCAUGCAUUGAGAUCUUGGGACAGGUGUUUAUCAGUGGCACUAAAUCAGAGUGCAGAAAAGUACUUGAGACCAUUCUGAAGAACAGCAGGCUCUGCUCCCUGCUGUCUCCUUUCUUUACUCCUAAUGCUGCGCCCGCGGAGUUCAUACAGCUGUAUGAGAAAGUGGUCAAGUUUCUAAGUGAGGACAACAGUGACAUGAUUUUCAUGCUGCUAACCAAGUUCGAUCUUAAACAAUGGUUAAGCACCACUAAACCUCCUCUGUCUGAUCGUACCAGGCUUCUGGAGUCCAUUCACUUGGCACUUACUGCCUGGGGCCUUGAACCAGAUGAGGAUAUUCUGAUGCCAUUUAAUCUUUUCUGUAAGCACUGGACUUAUCUUCUUCUCUACCAGUUUCCUGACCAGUACAGUGACAUUCUCAGGCUGCUGAUGCAAAGCUCCGCGGAGCAGCUGCUGAGCCCCGAGUGUUGGAAAGCCACUCUGAGAGCCCUGGGCUGCUGCGCCCCCAGCUGCCAGCAGGGGGCAGCGUCCGCCGAGGGCGCCGUGCUUCCCAACUCUUCCGAUGCUCUCUUGUCAGACAAGCAGGUAAUGGAGACUAUACAGUGGCUUUCAGACUUUUUUUAUAAGCUUCGGUUAUCCAAGAUGGACUUUAAAAGCUUUGGUUUAUUCUCAAAAUGGAGUCCUUAUAUGGCUGAUGUGAAGACAUUCUUGGGCUACCUUGUGAAAAGGCUGUUUGACUCGGAAAUGGCCUGUUUGGCCCAAGACCCAACUGCCAGCAGGAAAACAGUGCUGAAAUGCCUACAUUCAGUAAUCAUUCAGCUCUUUAAGCCAUGGAUCCUGGUUUUAGAGGACAACGAAAGCCAACAGCGCCAUUACCCCUGGCUAGAGAGUGAUACUGUGGUGGCCUCAAGCAUUGUGCAGCUGUUCACUGACUGUAUUGACUCACUGCAUGAGAGUUUUAAAGAUAAGCUGUUGCCAGGUGAUGAAGGAGCCCUUUGGUUGCACCUGAUGCAUUAUUGCGAAGCAUGUACAGCACCCAAAAUGCCAGAGUUCAUUCUGUACACUUUCCAUAGCGCGUACCGGAAACUGCCCUGGAAGGACCUGCACCCUGACCAGAUGCUCAUGGAGGCCUUCUUCAAAGUGGAACGAGGAAGCCCCAAGAGCUGUUUCUUAUUUUUGGGGUCUGUACUAUGUGAAGUCAAUUGGGUUAGUGUGCUCUCUGAUGCCUGGAAUCCCAGUCCCCACCCAGAAACCCGCAGCAUGAUUGUCUGCCUCCUUUUCAUGAUGAUUUUAUUGGCAAAGGAAGUUCAACUGGUAGACCAAACAGAUUCACCUUUACUUAGUCUUCUUGGACAGACAAGCUCACUUUCAUGGCAUCUCGUGGAUAUUGUGUCGUACCAGAGUGUGCUAGGUUAUUUCAGCAGCCAUUACCCACCGUCCAUCAUCCUGGCAAAAGAAUCUUAUGCUGAAUUAAUCAUGAAGCUCCUAAAAGUGUCUGCGGGCCUUUCUAUUCCUACUGACAGCCAGAAGCAUCUUGACGCAGUUCCAAAAUGCCAAGCUUUUACUCAUCAGAUGGUUCAAUUCCUCAGCACCCUGGAACAAAAUGGAAAAAUCACCUUAGCAGUCCUAGAACAGGAAAUGUCUAAGCUCUUAGAUGAUAUCAUUAUCUUUAACCCACCCGAUAUGGAAAGCCAGACCCGCCACAUGGCCCUCAGCAGCCUCUUCAUGGAAGUCCUGAUGAUGAUGAACAACGCGACUAUUCCAACGGCAGAGUUCCUUCGGGGCAGUAUCCGGACCUGGAUUGGCCAAAAAAUGCAUGGGCUGGUGGUGCUGCCCCUUUUAACAGCAGCCUGCCAGAGCCUGGCGUCCGUCCGCCACAUGGCUGAGACUACAGAAGCCUGCAUCACUGCCUACUUCAAAGAAAGCCCUCUCAAUCAGAACUCAGGAUGGGGGCCCAUUCUGGUAUCCCUUCAGGUUCCCGAGCUCACCAUGGAAGAGUUCCUGCAGGAGUGCCUCACCCUGGGCAGUUACUUGACUCUUUACGUCUACCUGCUUCAGUGUUUAAACAGCGAACAGACUCUAAGGAAUGAAAUGAAAGUGCUGCUCAUCUUAAGCAAGUGGCUGGAACAGGUGUACCCAAGCUCCAUGGAGGAAGAGGCAAAGCUGUUUUUGUGGUGGCACCAAGUCCUUCAGCUCUCCCUCAUUCAGACAGAGCAGAAUGACUCCGUCCUGACAGAAUCUGUCAUUCGAAUUCUGCUGAUGGUUCAGAGCAGGCAGAACCUCGUGGCUGAGGAGAGGCUCAGCUCUGGGAUCCUGGGAGCGAUUGGGUUGGGCCGGAAGUCGCCUUUGUCUAACAGGUUCCGAGUGGUUGCCCGAAGCAUGGCUGCCUUCCUUUCAGUUCAGGUUCCUAUGGAAGAUCAGAUCCGUUUGAAGCCUGGCUCUGAAUUACAUCUGACUCCCAAAGCUCAGCAGGCUCUGAAUGCUCUUGAAUCCAUGUCAUCAAGUAAGCAGUAUGUUGAAUACCAGGAUCAAAUAUUGCAAGCCACCCAAUUUAUAAGGCAUCCUGGCCAUUGCCUUCAAGAUGGGAAAAGCUUCUUGGCUCUUCUCGUUAACUGUCUGUAUCCAGAAGUGCAUUAUUUGGACCACAUACGAUAGUAGCACUGAAGCUCUUGAAAAACCCAUUGCUGUUUAUGUUUACAUCUAACUUUCCUGUUGCACAAGUAACUUUGCUCAAUUUCACUGUAGAGCUCAGUUCGGCCCGUGUGUAGUUGACUGAGAUGCAAGUUGGGAGGCAUUAGAUAUUAGAUAAUUCUGAGGGGUGUGUGUGUGUGUGUGUGUGUGUGUGUGUGUGUGUGUGUGUGUGCGCGCGUGCGCUUGCUUAGCUCUUAAGACCUUCUGGAGACUCUUUCAGGUUUUAUAUUUAUCCACAAGAGAAACUUACUAAGUUCCACUUGGGUACAGAGCCACUCACAGUUGCCGAAUGUCUCAGUCAUCUCACAAGACCUCCAGAUGAAGUUCUUUGUAUGUUUCCACUUCUGUCUCCAUUUUAUGUAAGUGUUCCAGAUCUGACAACCUUGGAAGUCACGUAGUACCCUUACUUUUAAACCCGAUUUGUGCUCCUCCAAAGUAAAAAAGUCAAUUUUGAAAAUUUCUGCAUUUCUCAAAUGUGGGGAGAUACAAUAGUUUUAAAGUAUCGUUUUUCUUAGAAGGGAGAUAAAAAUGCUGAGUUCAUUAAAGUGGGUCAUGUGUAAAAUAUGACCGUUGAUCAUGAUUAUAGUGGGUAGUAGAGAUGAUGACAAAUCCAUUUCCAUCCAGCCAUGUGUCCUCAUGGAAAAGGAGCUGCCUGUCUGAAUCAGAGUGGCAAGCUGGCAGUCUGGGAGGAGCAUGUUGUACACAGGUGUUUUGUUUGGUCCACUUGGCGAGGCAUGCAGACAGGGCUGCCUCUCUCCAGUCAGGAGAGUCCGUGCAUUCCCUUGGGCCCUGACCCUAGCCUCAUUCGCAUCACUUGCCCCUGUUGACACCUAAAUUUGCAUCCUUUGAUAGACACCACUUUUGAUAUCUGAAGGCUCACUGUCAGGAGACAGAGACUGAGGGAGACUGAAGACCUGAUUCUCUGUUCCGUGCUUGUUUUUUAACUUCAUAUUUAAACUCAGAUGAAGCCACUUGUCUACUGAAACACUUGUCUGUGGAAACUGGGUCAGGUCAGAAGAGCUACUGAAAUUUGGCUUUUUUUCAAUAGCCACGUGCCUUCUGUUGUUGACAGUUCAUUCAUUACCAAAGCCUGUGUGUAUGUAACUUUGCCUUGUUCUGUGGCCAUCUUCUUGCUCAUGUUAUUUCUCCUGGGAAUGAGCAGUUUGACUUCUGUUGUCAUGUUCCUCAUUCUGUCAGCUCUACAUGGAUUUUGCCUGCACAGCUGGCUUAAUAUGUCUUUGUGUAUGGGUAGUUUGUAGCCCUAGAAUAUUUACCUAAAAAUGUCUAAAAAGCCACCGAGCAUGUUUAUAGGGGUAUAGGGAUGUAGUUAACAGAGUGCUAAUCUCUCUUCAAAUGUCCUUGUGGAAUGCUUCCCCCCAAAUUGGGAAGUUGGUAGGAGCUUUUCUUUACUUUAGAUUUCUUUAGUUGGACGGAACGAUUCUUCCUCACAGACACGCUUUGCAGCUUUGAUAACAUCCUGUCCAGUCUCUUGAGUUUUACAGGCCACCAAAUGUCCAUCUCAGAGGGACCUGUCUCAGCUUUUCUUAUUUUUGCUUCUCUCUAUUUUCAAAAUUAGUCAUCUUGUUCUGUGUAUAAGAAAAUUUGACAAGCUGUGGACAGUUUAAUAGUCUGAUCUGGCAACACUGAUUUUUGUUUGGAAAUAUUUUGUGUUUUCUUUGAGGAGGAUAUAAUUAUUGCUAUAAUAGGAUGUGAAAUUUUUGAGUGACAGUAUGCACAUUUUAAAGAAAAUUAUGAUUAAUCUGUAUAAUGUUUUUGGUCUGUAAAUAUUAUAAAAAAUAAAAUCAAUCUGGUUGUAACUGGUUAAAAACCAAAUUAUAGGGAUAUCACAGUAUCUUAUAAAGUGUUUCAGCUGUUAAAGUUGCUGUAGGUUGUUAUGCCUGGUGUCAUUUAAUUUAUUUGACAUUGAACAUUAAUCAUCAGAGAUGGUCAGUGAAAGUGCUUCCUCUUUAACUCUUUCUUGCUUAACCUUGGAAGGUUGACUCAACUCCUAGGUUUCUAUGGGAAACUCUGGGCUAGGAACGUGCUAUAAAGACACUGAGAUAGUUCAGACAUGGCCAUGCUGCUGUAGCCUCCCGGGAAAGAAGGGCGGCAGAGAGACCAGCCCGCCCAUUGGCUUGCAGGGGCAGGGAGCCUUUGCUUAAAAAAAUUGUUGGCCUCCAGAGAGCGUGAGGCUGUGGUUUCAGAAUCAGUAAUGGUUGCUGCACAUCAAUAUUGGAAUCAAGCAAGACCAGGGCCUCGUGGACUGAGCAGUGUGGAGGGUGAAUGGCUGCGGGCUCCAGACUUCACCGCAGGGUGGCUGACAGUGGCAUCGGGACCAAAUAAGGAUGUCUAACUGCUUCCUGGGAUCAGGAGGAGGCAGCAUUCUGGUUGCCAUGAAAAACAUCUCUCUCCCUCUCCAUCACUUCCCAUGCUGCGGUGCACCGGUGGGUGGCAGAGGCAGGCUGCAUCCCUGAAUCAUGUUGCCCCAUUGCCUAUUAAUAGAACAAGUGAAGGGCAGGAUGCUGGAACACACCAGACAUAGGGGGAGGGAGGUCCUGCCAGAUGUGUCUACACAGUUGUCUACACAGCAUGACAGUAGCAGUGGAGUCGGUACAUGUUUCCAAAGCUCCUGCACACUUGGGACCUCAGCUUCAAGGCAGGACUCGUUUCUUAGUCUCACCACCCUUUGUUGGCUCAGCCAUCGCAUGCCUCUGCCCCACAGGUGUUGUGUGCCUGAGUCUCUCACUUCUUUGAGGUUGGGGGAAGCCUAGUCCAGAAAAUGAAAACCCAUAGACCAGCCUAACUUCCUUUCAACCAAGUGACAAGCCUCCUUGUUCCUCCCAAUUCAUCAUCAAAAUCAGCGUGUACAUGUCAUAUAAGCCAAGAGUGUUCAUGUCCUUGUUCCUUUCAUAUGAAGGUGAUAUAUACUUUUUCACUGAGUUUUUAUUCCUAAAAUUCUUUCUUCUGGAGCAGGAAGCAAAUGUCCUGGAAUCGUAGACUUUCAAAGUCAGAAGGGUCAUUCAAGUUCAUCUAGUGCCCUUCUCACUCUGCAGGGAUCCUCUUCCGCCCCUGUCCAGUGCCUGGUGGUCCAGCCUGUGAUGGGCAGGCCCAGGCUGCCGUUGACAGGCUCUGGAGUUCUGUUUUCUGUUGAACUGAGAUGUUUCUAAGUUGCCUAUUGGUCGUAGUUCUGCCUAGAGCAGUUCAGGCUGGGGCUAUUCUCUUGCCCCUCCUUGAGGCAGACUUUUAGAUAUUUUCAGUUGUUGUCACAUGUCUGACACCACUUCCACCCCAUCCCUCACCUCUUAGUCCUCUCCAGGCUAAAUCCCCCAGUGUCUUUUUUUUUUUUGAGACAGAGUCUCGUCUGUCACCCAGGCUCUGGAGUGCAAUGGUAUGGUCUCGGCCCACUGCAACCUCUGCCUCCUGGGUUCAAGCUAUUCUUCUGCCUCAGCCUCCCAAGUAGCCAGGACUACAGACGCACGCCACCACGCCUGGCAAAUUUUUGUAUUUUUUAGUAGAGACGGGGUUUCACCCAGCCAUUGAGACAAGCUGGUCUCAAACUCCUGACCUUGUGAUCUGCCCACCCUGGCCUCCCAAAGUGCUGGGAUUACAGGCGUGAGCCACCGCACCCAUCUCCCCCGCAGUGUCUUUAGUUAGACCUUUUCCACCAUCAUGUCUAACUGGGCUGCAAUUUGGGGAAAGUGUCCAAAUUAGUCCAUGUUAUCCUAAAAGGAAUGUGCCCCGGAUUAGCAGGGCCAGGGCUAGGGUGAGACAAACGAGGCACACAUCUAAGUUGGUGCUUGCCUGCAGGCGCCAAGAGAGUGCUUCCUUGGGUUUACACCCAUGGUGCCUCCUUUACCUCAUUCUGGCCCCAGCCCUGAGGUUAGAAUCGUGCCAGUGUGGUCCAAGUGGUAUAAUUCCCUAGAUGCUUAGGCAGCAUCAGCUUUCAGUAGCUCUGCCCCAUGCGGGGCACAUUAAGCUAGCGGCAAGUUGAGACUGCAGACCUCAGCUUAACAUCAGUUGUUGCCUGAGACAGAUUUCAUCCCACAUCUUCAUGACAGGCCUAACAACAAGGCACUUUGCCCUUAAUCCUCUACUACUGCCUGCCCUUCAUUUUGGGCCAACUGUACAGCUCAUUUUGAGAUAGUAGCUGAUCAUUUUUCUGAUCAGUUAACUUUGUCUGAUUAAGCAAAGUGAAGAAUAUAAUGUUGGAAAAUAAGUGUGUUGCUUAAAAAAGAAGUAUCCCCUUCUACCAUCUUGCAUUUGUGUCUGGGUUGUGCUGGGUAAAGUUCUAGACUUACUAAUGCAGACUUCAUUUUGGUCCGGUUUCCACGGCAUGCCUCAGGCAUCAGUGUCCAGGAGUAGCUGUAUUUGAGGUUUCCUUCACUCUGGUAGGUUUCUGAUUCUGGAUGAAAAUAACUUGAAAAAAAAUAAUUAUACUACUGAUCCUCUUUUGGGAUAAUGAAAUUGCUAAGGAAUGUUGUCGAUUGUAACUUUUAUUUUUUAAUGUACAGAUGUACUAUCUCUCAUUGAGCACUGAGAGUUAGAAUUCAUUUUUCUUUCAAUAGUUUAAAAUCACUUAUGUGGAGACACAUACUUCUCAAGUGUGUUCAACUCUUUUUCUUCCCACAUACGUAGUGUGACCUUUAAAAACGACAACUUUAUUUUGGACAUUAAAUGUGCAAUAUUCACUACUUACUCAUUGUUCAGCAUUUUUCAUACCUGUACAAAGGGUAAGUUUUUAUAUAGUGGUGAGAAACAGGAAGAAAUGACAAUUGGUUACGUAAAAUUCUGCAAAUAAACUAGAUUCAAACUUAAUUUA